CUUAUACAGGAGGCCGGCUAUAAAAAUUCCCACUGACGCCAGUCGGGCCCGAGUGCUCAAGUUAAAAGGAUGGAUCGCUUUGCCUUUCAAUUUGCAUUUUGCGUUUUGGUCGGAAGUGUGACGGUUGCUGAUGCGGCACACAAGGUGGACGCGCAUUACCAUGCCCAGAAGGUCAUAAAGGAGCGGAAACUGAGCGCAUUGGACCGCCGAGAAUUGCCACCAUUGGACGCCACAGAAUUGUUCGGAAUGACCGCAGGUGAAAGUCUGGAGACCGAACGAGAAGCGAAAAAUGUGCUGGGAACACGCAUUGAACGCAUGAAAGAAAAAUAUCUCGGAGUGGACGUUUAUGACAUCGUUGUUACCGUUCGGAAGACGAAAGACGGUCACUUCACUGGAGACGCUUCGGGAAACAUCCUGCAGGGUAUCGAAGCAGACCUUUCGGACACAGAGGCUGAGCUCUCGGACGAAGAUACUUUGAAAAUAGCAAUCAAAGCGGAGGGGGAUCACUUCAGGGAUGUGGUAAACCCGACCUACACAAAGUUUAUCUACCUUCACACUGACGAAACUGCACGAUUAGUUAACCGUGUGUCUUACUUAGUUGAUGGAGAAAAACGGCCGAUUUACAUAAUUGACCUGAAGUCGGGUGAAGUACUGCAAAAUUGGCAAGGUCUCAGCACGUAUCCUUGCUGCAAUAAGGAAAAGUACACUGCGUCUGGUGGAAAUAUCAAGAUGGGAAAGAUAAUGUACGGCGACAUGCCGCAUUGCCUCACACCGACAAUAGAUAACGGGAUAUGUUACCUCGAAAAUGACUAUGUCCGAGUUGUCGACAUGCUGAAUUCAUUUAAUAAUACGAUUGUUGAAACAGCAAGUUUUCCGUGCGACUUGGGAUACGGCGACGAAGUUAACGGUGCGUUUUCCCCAGCCAUAGACGCUUUCUUCUACGGAACGGUUGUCGCGAAAAUGUAUGAAGAGUGGUUUGAUAGCAAAGCGUUGAAAGAAAAGAUCGUGCUUCGAGUACAUUUCGGAGAUGCCUUCGAGAAUGCAUUUUGGAAUGGUGUAAACACAACCUUCGGUGAUGGCGACCAAAUGUUUCAUCCUCUAACCUCUCUAGAUGUUGUUAGCCAUGAGAUAGCGCACGGCGUUACUGAGCAGGGUUCUGGUCUAGAAUACAGAGGGGAAUCGGGUGGUAUGAAUGAAGCCUUCUCUGAUAUUAUGGGCGAGGCAAGUGAGGAAUACCUUCUCAAUCCCGACUUUAUGGUAGGACAGGAGUUGACAAAGACAAUGCCUUACUUGCGGGAGUUUGAGUCUCCAGACGCUGAUAAUAGGUCGAUUUCUUACGUAACUGAUAUGACGAAACAUCUAGAUACCCAUUUUAGUAGCGGUGUAUUCCGGAGGGUCUUUUGGGUCAUUGCCAAAAUACAUAACGUUCCAGUGCAACAGGCGGCUAAGGUAUUCCUUUACGCAAAUCGUAUGUACUGGCACAGCACCGCUGAUUUCUUUGACUGCUCGUGCGGAGUACUAAAAGCUGCCAUUGACCUUGGACUGGAUACGUAUCCAUACCACAUGGCGUUCGACGAUGUUGGUCUCAAACGCUGUGAUGUCACAAAACAUGUGUUCAGUCUCAACAACAACGUUACUCAGUCAGAUAUACAGGUCAGUAACUCAAUCAAUCCUACGUUCAAAAUCCCCACACCUCUUUGGGCCAAGGACCUCAUUAUUAGCGCUCACAGCGACGCUGGUGUAGAUGUACAAAUUACCGUUACAAAGUUGACCUAUGAGUUUGAAGGUGGAAAAUGCGCUGGAGCAGAUUAUCUUGGAUCGGGGACCAACCAGAUCGUAAUUAAGGAUGUUGGUGAAACCGACGUUUUUAUGAAACUGUCGCUAGUUGCCGCAUUGGAGGAGACUGUUCACGGAAACACAACCACGUCUGUACCGAUAACCGUAGAUCUAACAGCGGGGUAUACUUGUGACACCGAAUGGGGCUUGGAAUAUGACGACUUUAUGACAAAGUACUUCUUUAAAUCCGACUGCAAUCUGCCGUUUGAGGAUGAUUAUUAACUGGAACUUCUCGCAACGAUGAUGGCAGGCAAAUGUUUUGAAGAUAGUUCAGUUUAAUCUGGUUAUGCUAUUGCUUCAAUCGCUUUUUAAAUAUGUAAAUAAUGCACAAGUUCAUUUUGUUCUUGAAUAUUACAUUUAAGCAGAAUAAAUGCAGCAAUAUUGACA